AUGGCACGACCAAGCAUGGGCGCCGUCGCCCUCGUGCUGCUUCUGGCCUGGUGCUGCGCGGCGACCACCGUGCGAGCGAGGGAGUGGAUCGUCGGCGGCGACAAGGGGUGGACCUUCGGCGUCGCCGGCUGGGAGAACGACAAGCCGAUCCAGCCCGGCGACACGCUCGUGUUCAAGUACAAGCCUGGAGCGCACAACGUGGUGAAGGUGGAGGUGGACGGGUACAUGGACUGCAAGGCCCCCGACGGCGCCACGGUUCACUCCUCCGGCAACGACACCUUCGAGAUGCCCGGCGGCAAGGCCUACUUCAUCUGCACCUUCCCCGGCCACUGCGAGAAGGGCAUGAGGAUCGGCAUCCCGCCUAGAUAG